AAAUUCAACAAACCAGAGGGUCCAACAAAGCUGUGACAACCGAUCUUCUUCCAACUGUGUAGCUUCUACACAAGUGGCACCCCAAAGGGGCAAUACUACAGCUCCUCAGUUGCGACCAAAUGUAGGAACUUCUAAUGCUAAAAAGCAAUCUAGAUGGGCAAUUGAUAAAUGCUUCAAGUGUGGAGCACCAAGGCACAAAUCAGCCGAGUGCCAAAAAGUAAAUAGCCGUGAGGGGAAGCAACUUCUUGUAGAAGAAUAUGGAGAAGAAGAACAGAACAACCAGGUGAAGACUCAAGAGUAA